GUAGUCCCAGCUACUCGGGAGGCUGAGGCAAGAGAAUCACCUAAGCCCAGGAGUUAGAAGUUGCUGUGAGCUGUGUGACGCCACGGCACGCUACUGAGGGUGACAAAGCAAGACUCUGUCUCUACAAAAAAAAAAAAUUGCAGUAUUUAUUGAUAUAGCAAGGUGGGGGAGGUUUGCAUUUAAUGUACAGUUGCCUAGGUUGUGCACUGCACAAAAGUACAAAUCUAGAGGGAUACAUUCAUGACAGAGACCUAACGGAGAUACAUGUUUAUUGUGGCAAUUUUAUAGGGAGAGUAUUUUCAGCAAGGGAGUACCUUUUUCUUAUUCUAUAUGUAUAGAGUUGUCCCUAGGUGUCCCUGUUGGGGCUGUGGAGCCUGGAAUAGAAGAGAGGGGCAUCUGCCCAUUUCCUCAGAGGCUCAGAGUGUGGGAACCAGGAGGCCCCUUGGCUAGCCCCAGGCUGGUGGGGAGCGGAUUAGGCCGGCAAUGGGCCCACCACUGCCUGCUGUUUGGUUUGGGAAUUAGUGGACGCCCUGGGCAGAAGCUGGGCCUGCCAGACUGGGGAUUAACAGUCUCCACCCCCCAAUUCCUGCUCCCAUGGGAUGGCAUCAGCCCCUCCCACCAAACAGCUGCAAUAAAGGGGGUUUUGAGUGGACUGGCUAGCAGAGGGUCCCUUGAAGGCCCAUGCUACUUCCAGAGCAGUCAGUGGCCCACAACACAUGCUUCCAAUUGAUUGAGCUUCAGUCCCCUGGUGCCUAAAAUGGGAAACCCAGUGUAGCCAUUCACAGAGCCAUGGCACAAAUUCAUUAGACAAGUGAUAUGCAGGCCUGGAAGACACUUAGGCACUUCUCCCCAGCCCUUCACUCUUCCCUCUGCCACUGCCAAUGCAGCCACUAGCAUUGCCACUGGAGAGAUCCCAGAUGGAGUAAUGACCUUGAGAGUGCAAGUUCCAAUUCGGAGCUGGUUGGGGGAAACAAAAGUGGGUUCCUGAGGACACACGAGUCAAAGUGGUAUUCAAGAGUGCACAUACCCAGGAUCUGGGUGUGCCAGGGUGUGUGUGCGUGUGGAAGGGGAACCCAACCACGAGCCUAGACGUGUCCCCCCAACUCAGCUGCACUGGGUGUGUGCAAGCGGGUAUGGGCAAGUUGGGGUGGCAUGUAUAAAUAAGCACAAUGGCACAACCCACAGCAAAGACCCCAGGCUCUGCACCAAACUUCCUAGGUUCAAAUCCCAGCUUCCCAGCUAGCUGUGCCACAAAGGAGGUGUAUGUGUCAUCCAAGCCUCAUUUUCUCUAUUUGGGCAGUGGGAAUAAUGAGAACACUGACUUCAUAUGCCAGUUUGUAAGGAUUCAGUGAGAUGAAAUAUGCAACACCUUUACAGCGGCACAAGGAAAGAAUCCUCCAAGAAGUGUUUUGUUAUUUUUCACUGUUAACAAUUACGAAGCAUGUGAACUAGCCUGUGCAACCUGCCUCCAGCCCCUGCGGGAGACAAGCAGUCAAAAGUGUAUGGGUGUGAGAGAGCUCCGAGAGGGGAGGGGGGUUGGGCAAUAGGAGAUAUCUGCAAUGAGUGCAAGGAUGUGUCCUAUGCAGUGGACAGGGGGUCUGGGUGACCCUCAGCCUGAAGCCUGUCCCCGAAGCUGACAGCACUGCUCCAGCCACCCAUUUGCCCCUUUUUACAGGCUGUCCGGCAGCUGGACAGCGGAGGAGUGGGUCUGAGGGUGGCCAGCCCAGGCCGGUUCCUAAUUACCCUGGGUGGAGCAGACAUCUGCCAGGUUGGGAACACAGCGUCCUGGCGGUGUGGCCUCAGGGAUGGGGGGGGACUAUGUGAAGGCAUCCACAACUAAUGCAACAGGGGUUUCUGGACACUUCGGGGUGUCCUUCCUAACCAGAAUCCUGAUCCUCCACACCAGUCUGCACUUUGAUGUCCUUGGAGCAGGGAACUGGGGAGUACGAGUUCUAUAUGUACCAGGCUGGGGCUGUCCCCUUUAUAGGUGUAUCUGUGAAGAGGGAACGUAUCCCAAAUUCACGCCAAAUGUGCAGAGAAGAUUUUGUGUCCCCAAGCUGGUGUGUUGGUGGCAAUUCUGAGAGUGUCUGAGACUUUUGUGUAUGGGCAUGCAUGCACACACAGUAGUGAGGGGGCUCUUAUGUAUUGGUGUGCAAAUGUAGGCAAGUUUCCCAAGGGGUUAGAGUCAGUGGCACUUCUGAGGUUAUAGCUGUUGUGUAUGUCUGCAACAUUAGCUAAUUAAUAUAAGGGAUCACCAAAGUCCCACUCUGACCCUAGAACUACGCCACUUCACUUAGGGGAGUUGUCCUGCAUUUGGUGCAGGGGAGAUCGGAAAUCAAACUUCCAUGCAUUUUGGGGUCUGAGUGGGGUCUGGACUUGGCUGAUUGUGUCUUUGUUACAUGGUGUGAUCAUGAGGGAAUGCCAGCCCCUGGGUCUCUGACUGUGUCCUUCUAUGUGGCCAUUGGGAGCACCAUGUGUGUGUCCAGGAGCUGACAGCCUGGUAUGUCCAGGUCCAUCUGCCUUAUAUCUGCAUGUCGGGCCUGAGGUAAAGCUAGGUGUGGAUUUGUGACACCAGAAGUCUUUGUGGCUGUGAGUGCUCCCACCUGGGUCACAGUCAUUGUCUGAGGCUGUGUUAGGGCAAGCUGAAAUUGUAGAUUUUUUUUUUUUUUUUUUGAGACAGAACCUCAAGCUGUCGCCCUGGGCUCAAGAGAUUCUCCUGCUUCUGCCUCCCUACAGGCGCCUGCCACAACGGCUAGCUAUUUCUUUUUUUUUUUUUUUUGGUUGCAGCUGUCAUUGUUGUUUGGUGGGCCCAGUGGAUUCAAACCUGCCAACUCAAGUAUAUGUGGCUGGUGCCUUAGCUGCUUGAGCCACAGGCACCAAGCCUAUGUAGAUCUUUGAUGUGAGUUUCUAUGAUGUUGACAGUAAGUGGUUGGUUGCAAGUUGACUGUAGAGUGACCCAGCCUCCAUGAGCAGUGUGUGUGUGUGUGUUUAAGAGAGAGAAAGAGAGAGAAGAAAAUAGUUCUUACCCCUCCCCAAGUUCCAGGUUACAGAUCCCUUGGACCUGCUAGUGAAUGACUGGGAGAGGGGACAGGGAAGAGUAAGAGAGGACAGAGUGGAUUUCUUCUCCCCCACACGAGGUAACAAACUGGUGACCAGACUUCUUCAAACAAAGUUCUGAGGCCUAAGCCCAGCCAAGGGGGGAGGGUUAGGGAGGGGCUGCCCACGCCCACUCUCCAGCCCCCUCCCACCCAGGGUCUGGCUUCAGCUCCACCCAACACUGAAGCCACUGGCCCAUUCUGUCCCUGUGUCCUCAUAUGUCCCUGCACUGGCUACCUUUAACACAGGUGAGAGAGGCCUGGGGGGAAUAGAGAACCCCAGGGACAUAGGGGGCCCUGAAGGAAUAGGGGACCUGUGGGCAGGAAUCCAUCCAGAGUCCUUCUGGAGUGGGAAUGGACAGAAGUCAAGGUGGAUCCGGGAGGAGAAAGGAGAAAGCACAGCCGGGCAAUUAGCCGCCCGCUUCUCCCUUGGCCCCACCUGCCCGGCGCCGCGAUGACCGUCACCUACACAGCCCGAGUGGCGAACGCUCGCUUCGGUGGCUUCUCACAGCUGCUGCUGCUGUGGCGGGGGAGUAUCUACAAACUACUGUGGCGCGAGCUGUUCUGCUUCCUUGCGUUCUACAUGGCGCUGAGCGCCACCUACCGCUUCGUGCUGACCGAAGGGCAGAAGCGCUACUUCGAGAAGCUUGUUAUUUACUGCGACCAGUAUGCCAGCCUCAUCCCGGUCUCCUUCGUGCUUGGGUUUUACGUGACGCUGGUGGUGCACCGCUGGUGGAACCAGUACCUAUGCAUGCCGCUGCCAGACGCGCUCAUGUGCGUGGUGGCGGGCACAGUUCACGGGCGCGAUGAGCGAGGCCGUCUCUACCGACGCACACUUAUGCGCUACGCCGGGCUCUCUGCGGUGCUUAUCCUGCGCUCAGUCAGCACUGCGGUCUUCAAGCGCUUCCCCACAAUAGACCACGUGGUGGAGGCCGGAUUUAUGACACGCGAGGAACGCAAGAAGUUCGAGAACCUUAAUUCGUCCUACAACAAGUACUGGGUGCCCUGCGUCUGGUUCUCCAAUCUGGCUGCGCAGGCUCGGCGCGAGGGCCGCAUCCGUGACAACAGCGCCCUUAAACUGCUGCUUGAGGAGCUGAAUGUGUUUCGGGGCAAGUGUGGGAUGCUCUUCCAUUACGACUGGAUUAGUGUACCCCUUGUUUACACCCAGGUGGUGACCAUCGCAGUGUACAGCUACUUCCUGGCUUGCCUGAUCGGUCGCCAGUUUCUGGACCCAGCCCAGGGCUACAAAGACCACAACCUGGAUCUGUGUGUACCCAUCUUUACCCUCUUGCAAUUCUUCUUCUACGCUGGCUGGCUCAAGGUAGCAGAGCAGCUCAUCAAUCCCUUUGGAGAGGAUGAUGACGACUUUGAGACCAACUUUCUGAUCGACCGCAACUUCCAGGUGUCGAUGUUGGCGGUGGACGAGAUGUACGACGACCUGGCGAUGCUAGAGAAGGAUCUCUACUGGGAUGCGGCUGAAGCCCGCGCUCCCUACACGGCAGCCACCGCCUUCCUACUACAACAACCCUCUUUCCAGGGCUCCACUUUCGACAUCACGCUGGCCAAAGAGGACAUGCAGUUCCAGCGGCUGGAGGGCUUGGAUGGGCCUCUGGGAGAGGCACAGGGGGACUUCAUACAGCGCCUCCUGCCGGCGGGCCAGGGUAUGACCGGAACAGGCCUGUUGGGCCGGCGCCUGUCGUUGCUAAGGCGAAAGAACAGCUGCGUGUCCGAGGCGUCCACCGCCGCCAGCUGCUCGUGUGCGGGCGCCCCCGACGGCUCAGCCCCAGAGUGCAGCUGCGGGGACCCCUUGCUCGACCCCGGUCUGCGGGAACCAGAGCCCGAGCCCCCACCUCCUGCGAGUUUCGAGCUGCCUGUCCCCCUCCCUGGGCCCCCAGCUGAGCCCUUCACCUCUUUGCCUAUGCCCGGGCCCCGGGGGCCUGCGCCGCCCUGGCUGCCCAGCCCUAUUGGAGAGGAGGAGGAGAAUCUGGCCUGAAAUUUUCGGGCCCAGGACCCUGAAGGACAGGACACCAAGGCCCCGCACGUGCAGCACACAGGCAUAGGUCCAGAUCUAUGCAAGCCUCAUGUGCCUGCAUGAAGUCCAACUGCCCACUUUUAAACCACUCCCACUACUCGUGUGGGUUUGGCCAAGGCAGAUUGUUCCAGCCUGUUUAAACAGCCUGUCCUUACCAGCAGCUCUAGUUCCAAGCCCCACAGCCUGUGAGGUUGGAUGGUGUGUCUUUCCUGCAAAUGGAGAUGUGACUGCCUACCUCAGGGAGUGGUGGUGAGGAUGACAUGAAAGGAUGGCUUGAAAGCAUCUGUUAUACAGUAGGUGCUCAAUAAAUUGUUAAUGGUUUUUACUCAAAUGCUGUUAGAAUGACUUCUUCUGUCAGGCAUUAUGUUAAGUAAAAUUUGGAAAUUCUUCCAGUUUUACUUUUUUUUUUUUUGUAGAGACAGUCUCACUUUAUAGCCCUCCGUAGAGUGCCAUGGUGUCACACAGCUCACAGCAACCUCCAGUUCCUGGGCCUAGGCAAUUCUCUUGCCUGAGCCUCCCAAGUAGCUCGGACUAUAAGCGCCCGCCACAACACCUGGUUUUUAACUUUUUUCAUUUUUUUUUUUUUAAGAGAAAGGGCAAUCCUCUCCUGCUCUGUCACCCAGUCACCCAGGCUGGAGUGCAUUGUCCCCAAUCAUUGAGAUCAUAGUGAUCAUAGCUAGGACAAUUGUAAAUUCCUGGCCUCAAGCAAUACUCCAGCCUCCCAAAGUGCUGGGAUUACAGGCAUGAGCCCAGCACUAUGCAUGCCUUCUUCCAGGUUCCCAAACUCUGCUCUCUGAAAUACCUGCAUCAGUACCCCUGGCUUUCCUCAUUAAUUAAAGAGACACCCUUAGCCGGGCGUUGUGGCGGGCGCCUGUAGUCCCAGCUACUCGGGAGGCUGAGACAAGAGAAUUGCGUAAGCCCAAGAGUUAGAGGUUGCUGUGAGCCGUGUGACGCCACGGCACUCUACCGAGGGUGGUACAGUGAGACUCUGUCUCUACAAAACAAAACAAACAAAAAAAAAAAAAGAGAGAGAGACACCCACUGUUCCCGAACCACAGCUUAAGCCUUUGCAUUCUCAAAUAUCCCCUCAGGGCUGCAGGUAUCAUUUUUUUAUUUAGACAGGGUCUCACUCUGUCACCCUGGGUGGCAUCAUGGCUCACAGCAACCUCAAACUCCUGGGUUCUGUUGAUCCUCUUGCCUCAGCCUCCUGAGUAACUGAGACUACAAGUGCUUGCCAUAAUGCCUGGCUAGUUUUACCUAUUUUUAGUAGAGAUAGGGUCACUCUCUCUUUUUUUUUUUUUUCGAGACAGAAUCUCAAGCUGUCACCCUGGGUAGAGUGCUGUGGCGUCAUAGCUCACAGCAACCUCGAACUCAGGCUCAAGUGACCCUCUUGCCUCAGUUUUUCUAUUUUUAGUAGAGACAGGGUCUCAUUUUUGCUCAGCCUGGUCUUGAACUUGUAAGCUCAAGCAAUCUACCAGUCUGGGCUUCCCAGAGUGCUAGGAUUACAAGCGUGAGCCACUGCACCCGGCCUGGGGGUCUCACUCUUUCUCAGGCUGGUCUCAAACUCCUGACCUUAGGCAGUCCACACCCCCACCCUCAGCCUCCCAGAGUGCUAGGAUUACAGGCAUGAGCCACCAUACCUAGCCUCUAGGUCUUAAACAUAUGAAAUAAACAUAUGAAAAGAAAAACAAAAUUAAACUGGCUUGACGUUCAUAGCACAGUGGUUACAGAGCCAGCCACAUACACCAAAGUUCUAGCAGCCUGGGCCAGCUAACCAACAAUGACGACUGCAAUAAAAAAAUAGCUGGGGGCGGCGCCUGUGGCUCAGUGAGUAGGGCGCCGGCCCCAUAUGCCGAGGGUGGCGGGUUCAAACCCAGCCCCGGCCAAACUGCAACAAAAAAAUAGCCGGGCGUUGUGGCGGGCGCCUGUAGUCCCAGCUGCUCGGGAGGCUGAGGCAAGAGAAUCGCGUAAGCCCAAGAGUUAGAGGUUGCUGUGAGCCGUGUGACGCCACGGCUCUCUACCCGAGGGCGGUACAGUGAGACUCUGUCUCUACAAAAAAAAAAAAAAAAAA